AAAGCCGCGCGCCUCUCCUUUUUCCCCAGCAGGUGGCGGUAGCGCACAAACGCGGCGCGAAAGGGCUUCCGAGUCAGCGCUUCCCAGGAGGAAAGAUGGUUGACUGCGUUGGCACAUGGCGGGACUGCUACAGUCUGGGGUGGCGCAAUGAGAAUUAGCCAUGCGGGCGUAAAGGAAACGGCCUUCUCGCUCUGAGAGGGAGCUCCCCUGUUUCUACCCUCCCCCUUCUCUUCCUCCUCCUCUUCCUCCCUCCUUGGGUAGAGCUGGCGGAGGCUGGCCUGGUUAACUUGUACGGUGGCCGCUGGAGAUCCCUUUUUUUUUUCCGAAGGAGGGCGGGAGGGCUCCCACGCUCUGCCCACUUUGCGGAGAAGGUGCAGCGCAGAGAGAGGGCUUCUUUCUGCAAAGGGGGCGGCGGUGGACCCGCGAGAGGCCCGAGCGAGCGGAGGAGAAGCCGCGGGAUCUCGCCAGACCCUGAAAGACAGCAGCAGCAGCAGCAGCAGCAGCCCGUUCAGCAUCCUUCCUCCGAUCGCGGCCGGCCGGGGCUCUUUGGGAACAAAGACCAGGAGAAAAAAAAGGCGUGAAGGAUGGAGAAGAAAAAAAUCCUACUGAAAUCCAAAGUGGCUGCUUCGAACCUCCUGAGGGCACUGCAUGCUCUUUAUCGAUUAGGCCACUUCUGUGACGUCACAAUACACACACAGCAGCUAGGAACCCAGAACAAGUUUUUAGUUCACAAGGCUGUCUUAGCUGCUUCCAGCAAUUAUUUUAAAAGCCUCUUCCUCAAGGAUGAGAUGCUGAAUGCUCAGAAUUGCAGGGUGACUCUUCAGGAUAUUCAUGCUGAAGAUUUCGUCUCCUUCUUAAAGUUUGUCUAUACGGCAGAAGUAGAAAUUCAGGUGGAUCAACUUCGCCGAAUCAGGGAAGUCGCUGAAAGACUUGAAUGCAAGGAUCUGCUAGAUGUCCUUGAAGAAAUGAAGGCUCUCGGUGAAGAAGACCCAGAAAUGAGCAUUCAUUUCAAAAAUCAUGGAAGUGGUGAGUCUCUCUGGAGUCAACCAAAACAAACAGAAGAUAAAAAACAGAGUGACCUGUCCCAAAUCUUGGUGAUACCUAUGAAGAGAAACCUUUGGGACAGAAAAAAGCAUAAGAAACUAUCAGCUAGCUGUGAUGUUAUUGAAGAGAAACCUGGACUUCCUAUCAAAGAUGAGGUUCCUCUAGCUAAGCCCAAAGAUGAGACAGCUGCCUUGACCAGAGAGAGCAAAGUAGACGCACAGAAAGUUCUCAUCACGGAUAAUUCCAGCCAGGAGGAAAAUGCCACCCAUCCUUCACCACCUCUUGAAGGCUCACAGGAAACCUGCCUUAUUAUAAACAGGAUAUUGCCUGGCCAGCAGCAGGAUGCAAAUAUCUUAAUUCUUGGUGAAGCCAGCCUCCGAAAAUCACGCAGUAUAUCCAAAGUCGUGCCGCGGCUGUAUGCAUGUGACAAGUGUAAUCGUUCCUUCCCCUUUGCCAAGCAGUACCAGUCACACAUGGAACUGGAGCACGAGACACGUCUGGUCAUCAAAUAUAACUGCAGUGUGUGCGGCCAGCUGUUUUCCAGUUGCCAGAAUCUAAGAAAUCAUAGGCUUGCCAUUCACAGCAGCGAGCGGCGCUUUCCUUGCUUGUUAUGUGACAAAAAGUUUAAGCGGCAGAAGGAUACCAAGGAUCACGUCCGGCGGGUGCACGAAAAGAAACGGAGCCCUCAAAGGUGCCCUUACUGUGACAAGGUCAUCAGUUCCAAAUGUGGCCUGACCGUUCACAUCCGAACCCACACCGGAGAGAAGCCUUACAAGUGUGAAUGCUGCCCCGCACGUUUUGCUCAGAGGUCGGCCUUUAAUACUCAUGUGAGAAAAGUUCAUGUGUCCAGACAAGAGAGGAAACUGGUGGAAGGUUCCUGGAUGCUGGCCCCACCAAUGGAGAGAAACAACAUUACAGAUGGUGAAACAGAUGUGAAUAACCAAACAUGCCAAGAGGUACCAAAUACCGUGCCACAAAGAGAAUUUGUGGGAGAAAAGAUUCAGGAGCUUGAGAAAGAAUCCAGCAGUUCUCUAGCAGUAGAAACAGAGUCUGAAAAUAAAGAGGGAAGGCAAGAGGUUUGUUGCAAAACCAGCAUCGAAAGUGUGGAAAUUGAGGGACCCACAGAUAUAGCUGUAGAAGAGGGGGUCAAAGGGGAGGUGUCCUGUGGAGCAGAAGGAGACGACAGCAAUGACUGUGAGCUACUCUCUUCAGAGAGCAACAGCAGUGAUUCAGAUGAUCAAGACGUAGCAGAAAACAUACUGGAUAUAAAUUACAAAGAAAAGAAAGCAGAUCAAGAUGAGCUACUGGAAAAAUCCGCCUAUGUUAUAACAUGCACCAAAUGUGUUGAGAAAUUCAUGUCCCGGAAAAAAUACAUUGACCACUGCAAAGAUGUCCAUCAUUCCUUGCCAGGCAAAGUGUAUCAGUGUGACAUUUGCAGCAAGUCCUUUGCAAGUUACAACAGCUGGAAGGAGCACCGAGCCUGCGUUCACACAGAAGACAGGCAGUUUGCCUGCACUCUUUGCAACGCCACCUUUAAAAGAAAGAGGGAUGUGAGGACGCAUUACAUGCGGAAACAUGAAGGCAGGGUGAAGCGCCCCCUCUGCUCUGUCUGUGGCAAGAUCUUAAGUUCUAGAACGGCGCUCGUGUUCCACAUGCGGACCCAUACAGGAGAGAAGCCAUACCAGUGUGGCAUCUGCUGCUCAAGAUUUGCCCAACCUUCACAGCUCAAGAUUCACACCAGGUCCCAUACAGGUGAAAAGCCAUAUAUCUGUGAGGACUGCGGGGCGUGCUUUGUGGAUAAAGGCAAACUUACUGGUCACAAGAGGACACAUACAGGGGAACGCCUCUUCAAAUGUGAUGUGUGUGAGAAACACUUUGCUACCAAUGAAUAUUUGAAAUGUCACAAGCGCUGCCAUAUGGGAGCCAAACCAUACAAAUGUGAUGUCUGUGGGAAGACCUUUGGCUUGAGAGCCUCGUUAGCUCAACACAGCAAUGUUCACGCAGAGACUCCUCCUUAUUUCUGUGAGCAGUGCGGGAAGACAUUUACUCAACAAGGAGCGCUUCGGCGUCACCAGCGUAUUCACACUGGAGAAAAACCAUACAAAUGUAGGGCUUGUGAGAAAACAUUCACAGAUAUGUCAACCUUGAGGAGGCAUGUCCUGGUCCAUGACCGGAAUGCUCACUGGAGGAGUUUCUUAAUAGAUCUUACUAUCAAAAAGGACCAUAACUGGUCCAAAAUAGAGACUUUAUCUAAUAUCUGUAUGGGAGAGGACUCCAGUCCAGUUUGGUCUAGUGAACGUAGUAAAUGCUAUAAACCAGAAAGUGUGGGUGUAAAAAAAGCAGAACAUGUAUCAUGUAAUGGCAAUGUAAGAGAUUCUGACCAUUCCCUUAUAUGUUUAUAAGUUCAGAUAGUCAAGAUAUAACAUGAUACAAGCAUUUCACGCGUUUUUAAAUGUAUGGUAACACUCUCCAAGUUUUACACACUUUCUACAGAUGAUCCGUGCUCAAUUUGACUUUGCCAGAUGGAAGACUCAAGCAUUGGGUGGUUCAGAAAUUGUUGUGAAAUUCUUAGUGAGAAAUUUCAUUUUAGCCUAGAUGCUGACUUCAACUAAGACCUUUCAGAGACUCAGGAAAUAUUCAGUUUCAAACUAGUCAGGUAAGAAAAAUAAGAAUCCCUUUUUAGGAAUUUCCAUCUUUAGGCCUGCACAUGUGCAACAGAAUAAAAGCAUUGCUAUGUGAAGUAUGUACAUGCUCAGUGCUGAGGAAAAGGUGUGACCAGGUAUAUCAGUUUCUAGAGAGGUCACCUAUUGCAAAUUAUCAUGGCUUAUUUAAAGACAAUGAAUUUAUUAGGGCUUAAGAUUUGGUAGAGCGCAGUCCACUUCAUCCACACUUGGAUAUGUGUGAUUGCAAAGAUUAGAGGAGGUUGAAACGCAGAACAUACAGACUGCGAUAGUUAUGUGAUUGAUAAUGGCUCUUCACAAAAGAGUUGUCACUGAUGACAUAAAUAUUCUGUCAUUGGAUACAAUGGUGAACAUGUACGGAGACAGGAAAGCAAAAACGUUCUACUGCAAGAUACCAAAAGAACACUGAGCAGUUGUUUUUAAUCUAUCUGAAAGUCCUUUAUUCAUGAGGAAAGGCAGUUCAUCUCCAAAAUGUAUCACUUACUUAUAGUGUUAAUAAAGCUUUUUCUAAAUGCUCCA